AUGGCUUGUUUCGAUAGACUGAACGACGACGUUAUUCUCCAUAUCCUUGACGGACUUCCCAUCCAAGACCUACUCACCUUUUCCCAGACAUCGACACGUGUGCACGCGAUCAUUCGUGAUUCUUUGCGGCUUCAAUUUCGAUUGUCUGCCUUUGCGGAAAACUAUGUUAUCCGACCUCAAUCGCUCCCGUGUACCGUUCCUGAACUGGAUACAUUCCUUCGACAGCAUACCUUAACAUGGGCAAGGUUUGAAGGAAAGAAUAAAGAAACUAUCUCUUUGCCACAUCCAUCGCUCGAAAAGCCGAUGAUUAGUUACCGCAAAGGGCUAUAUGUGGAAGCAGACAGAAACCACUAUGAUGUUGUCCGCCUGAAUACUCACUCCACCGGAGAGGCGUCCACUACCGCGCGAUAUUCCCUUCCGGUGGAUGCCUUCGAAACAAAAGCUGUUCUGGUGGACCCGGACCAAGAUCUUCUGAUCUUGAUUACGCGGGACGAAGCGUCCAAUGUACGGACCUCAUGUUUUACUGUUGCUGGCUUUCCCCAUCCGCGGAGUUCUGGAUAUGUCGACUGUGGACUUCACGACCCACCUCCUCCGUUGAACAACUUACAUGGUCUUCGGUACUACGAAGAAGCCCCUGUGCCAUGCGAUGUUUGCGGAGACAUAAUAGGCGCCAGUCCAAGUACGGAGCAGGGAUCGGUGCUGCAUAUAUGGAAUUGGAAGACCGGUGCUCAGUUACCCCCACUCCGAGUUGGCAAGACAUACACGUCUUUCAACUUUUUGUCUCCCACAACAUUUAUCGCCAGUGCUGGGUACCAUCGACCUCCUACCAUUGAUUACUACGUUUUCGGGACCAGCAUUGAACUGGAACGCUCGCUUGAACUGCCUCGAAUACUCAAUGAUCGAACGUUCGCAUUCACAACGACUGUGUCGAAUCCCAUCGGCCGACGCUCGAUGCUGCCCAUUGAAGCCCGUGUACACUAUAUACGGGUUUCUAUAGACCUCUCCCUCUCGGGAUUCUAUAACGUUGUCGUGAACCCUGCGGUCCUCACGGACCCCACACUGCCGAAAGGCACCGAGCCAAUACCGUGGGACUGGUGGGGACCUGACAACACUCGCUGGUUUUCAAUCGACGGGAACAUGUACUUUGGUCUACAUGGGCCGCCCUGUGUGCAUGGAAGCAGGAUCGUCAUUCAGCGAAUAGAUCCUUCAAACAACGCCGAAGGACCUUACAUUUAUGUCAUAGCGGAUUUCAACAUCCUUCCUUCCCUCCGACAGGGCGUCCUUGUUGGAGCGGCUUCCGAGGCCGAGUCUAGAGGGUUCACGAUUGAUGGAAGUUCAAAGAUUAUCACUGCAACGACGCCUAUUAUCCACCCCGCAUUUGAAGAAGGCGAGAUCGAAUCCCGCCUCCCAUUCCGCGAGAUCAGAGUCAAAGGCCCCUUUGCUCGGAAGCCAUCUUGGACUUGGCUGGACGAAGAGCGACUGAUCGCUUAUAGGAAUCACCCCGACGAGUUGGAUGUGGUGUACAUGUUUUACAACAUCAAUGAAUUCUAG